CCCCGGAGACGCCUUGGAGGCCCCCCCUCCUCACUAAGUGCCUCUUCACACAGCGCCGGCCCCCGCCGCACGCUCACUGGUACCACUACAGCAGGACGGGCCAUGGCGGGUCGGGGAGGUGCAGCGCGACCCAAUGGACCAGCUGCUGGGAACAAGAUCUGUCAAUUCAAGCUGGUCCUGCUCGGGGAAUCUGCAGUGGGCAAAUCUAGCCUCGUCCUUCGCUUCGUCAAGGGACAGUUCCAUGAGUACCAGGAGAGCACAAUUGGAGCGGCCUUCCUCACACAGACGGUCUGUUUGGACGACACAACAGUCAAAUUUGAGAUCUGGGACACAGCUGGACAGGAGCGGUAUCACAGCCUGGCCCCCAUGUACUAUCGGGGGGCCCAGGCUGCCAUCGUGGUCUAUGACAUCACCAACACAGAUACAUUUGCACGGGCCAAGAACUGGGUGAAGGAGCUACAGAGGCAGGCCAGCCCCAACAUCGUCAUUGCACUCGCGGGGAACAAGGCAGACCUGGCCAGCAAGAGAGCCGUGGAAUUCCAGGAAGCACAAGCCUAUGCAGACGACAACAGUUUGCUGUUCAUGGAGACAUCCGCAAAGACUGCAAUGAACGUGAAUGAAAUUUUCAUGGCAAUAGCUAAGAAACUUCCCAAGAAUGAGCCCCAGAAUGCAGCUGGUGCCCCGAGCCGGAACCGAGGGGUGGACCUCCAGGAGAACAGCCCAGCCAGCCGGAGCCAGUGCUGCAGCAACUGAGCCCCCCUU